AUGGCUCAGGAAGACGAGCUCAUGGCCAACGCGCCGCUUACGCCAGGCGAAGACGCAGACCCCGACCCCACCUCUCCAGUAAUAGACUACUCGCCCGCAACGGUCACCUACGACGAAGCAUUUGAGAACUCACUCAUGCAGGCCGUUCUCUAUUCGCCCGAAAAUAUACCGCCCCGAACGCCGCUCCCCGAGACUCCAGUCAUAAACCCCACAACGCUUCCCGUUCCACUAAACUCGCCGCUGCGAACGCACGCCUCGCUAAUCCCCGGUGUUCUUCUUACCCACCCGAAUGGAUAUCACACGGGCGGGCCCGGGCCGAGUCCGUCGACGGUAGCGGACUUCGCGAAGAGGUUUAUAGAGGAGCAUGGUAUUGAAGAUGCGGGGCAGCUGGAGCGGGUAGUUGAGGAGAAGAUUAGAGAGAAGAUGGAGCUUGUACGAGAGAGAAUGAGGGACAGGGAAGAGUCUGUGAAAAGAAAUAGGGCGGUUGAGAGGGAGUUGGAGGAUCUGAAUGUGCAGCGGGCCUUGGAGCUGAGCGUUGCGGAGAAGAUUAAGGGAGGUCGGAAGAGGUGA